AUGAACUACGCUACAUCUCCAGUACCGACCCAAGCACCACUGCCUGCUCACAUGAAACGCGGGACACUUGCUUUUCAAAUCAGCCCAGUCCGCGCUCUGAGGAAGCAGCGAAGCAUGCACUCUCUCCGUCGGCAGAUGGCUGGUGGGGUCGAUCGCAAAGCUUCUGCUGCGUCGCGAGGGCAGAAGUCGACUCGAUCAGACAGUGGCGAAACUAUCCAGGUCCUCAUGUCAACACCGGAACACCCGCCGCCGGUCCGUUCUGCCACACUGAGCUCGGCUACUUACCAGCCACAUUCAGACACCGCAUCAUGGCAGACCACCAUCGUCAGACCGCCUCCCAACCAUCAACCCCCGACCGACAGCUCGAAUCCGCUGACCUCUCCUGAUCCACAAUCGCCAAUACCCCAAGACCAAACUCCCACCCGUCCAGGCAAGAACUCCAACGUUCCACACAUCGGCGCAACCCUCGGCCUCCGCAGUCCCUAUUCUCCCAGCAACUUUCAGCCUAAUCCCAACAGCGCACGACUCGCCGUUCCAGAUGGAUUGGCCGAAGACGACCGAAGAAGGAAGAUGGACAGUCUAUGGCCUCCGGCAGCCGCACGAGAAGAAGCCGAUGGCGGUAAGAAGUGGAGGAUGACCGCCGCGACGACUUUUGAGGGAUUCAUGGAGAAGGCGGGUUUGAGGAGGAGUGUGCUGUACAUGGGUCCGGUUCCGAGGGAGUGGAAUCGGUGA